AUGUCAUCUAAUAAAUAUAUCGAACAAUCUCCAGAAAUCCAAAAUUAAAGAAAUUCAAUUCGACAUUCUUCAUUAAAUUAGAGUGUGCAUGAAUUCUCUGCCUACAAAGAAAAAAUGUAGGAUCUAAUGUUACCAAAUGUAGAAUUUAUAGAGCCAUAAGAUUUUAAGAAAUAAAAUGAAUGCAUAGUUUGUGCUAUUGAAUUUACUUAAACUAAUAGAUAACAUCAUUGUAGGUAAUCUCUAUAUUAUUAUUGUAUUUUAGAAUGUGUGGAAGUUCAUGUUGUGGAUAAUGUUCAUAUAAAACAAUUAAUAAGAACAGAGUUUGUGAUAUUUGUUAUAUGAAGGCAUCCUAAUUAGCCGCUGAAAAAAAAAGAAAUAAAUUCAUACAAUCUCUAAAGGAUUCUGCAAAAAAAUUAAAAAGACAUAUAGAAUAAGCAGAAAGAAGAAAAUAAGAAUUGUAAAAUGAACGAGAUGCUUAAUAGGACAAAUCGUAAAUAGACUUAAGAGUAUUAGAAAAAGAGACAGAAGAUUAUAGAUUGAAGUAUUCUCAAAAAACUUAAGACAAAUGUUAAUAUGAAUAACAAGUGUUGGAUUUAAAAUUGAAAAUGUCUGAACUUAAUACUCUUAAAGAAUAAAUUCAUUUAGAAUGUUAAGAAAAAGAACAAGAAAUACGAGCUUAUGAUACUAAUUUAUAUUUAAGGGAGUAAGAAUUAAAUGACAAAAAGACAUAAUUGCAAAGAUUAAAACAAUAAAAAGAGGAAUUAGAAAAUAUGUCUAAUAAAAUUGAAUAAAAUCCAGAAAUUAUUGAAGAAAUUAUCAUCCCAGAACCUGUGUAAAUGUUAUAAUAAGAGAAAAAAUAAUAGGAAAUGUACAAUACUAAUAUUGACAUUGAGGAAAUUAUGUUUGGAAAUACUAAUGGUAGUAAGGAAUCCUCGACUUUAAUUAAAACAGAAUAAGCUCAGUAAUAGCCAUAAAAAUAAAAUUCAACAAAACCAAGCCAACCAAAAUAAAAUAAGGAUGAAGAUGAUGAUGAAGAAAAAUAUAAAUGUAAUAUUUUUUGA